AUGUCCAAUGUUAAAGUAGCCCUACUAGGUGCCGCUGGUGGUAUCGGCCAACCACUUGCUCUAUUACUUAAGCUUAAUCCAAACAUAACCCAUUUGGCACUCUAUGACGUUGUGCAUGUUCCUGGAGUGGCUGCAGACCUACACCAUAUAGACACAGAUGUAGUGAUUACCCACCAUUUGAAAGAUGAAGACGGUACGGCCUUGGCAAACGCCCUCAAGGACGCUACGUUUGUUAUUGUCCCCGCCGGUGUUCCGAGAAAGCCCGGCAUGACUAGAGGUGAUUUGUUCACAAUUAAUGCCGGUAUAUGUGCCGAAUUGGCUAAUGCUAUUAGUUUGAACGCUCCUAAUGCAUUCACCCUUGUCAUUACCAAUCCGGUCAACUCGACCGUUCCUAUAUUUAAGGAAAUAUUUGCUAAAAAUGAAGCCUUCAAUCCAAGGAGACUGUUUGGUGUAACUGCUCUAGAUCAUGUUAGAUCAAAUACUUUUCUCUCGGAAUUAAUUGACGGUAAAAAUCCCCAACAUUUUGAUGUCACUGUUGUUGGCGGACACUCUGGUAACUCAAUUGUCCCCCUAUUCUCCCUUGUUAAGGCUGCCGAAAAUUUAGACGAUGAAAUUAUAGAUGCCUUGAUUCAUAGAGUUCAAUACGGUGGAGAUGAAGUAGUGGAAGCAAAGAGCGGUGCGGGCUCGGCAACUCUUUCAAUGGCUUAUGCCGCUAACAAGUUCUUCAAUAUAUUGCUUAAUGGAUACUUGGGUUUGAAGAAGACAAUGAUUUCAAGUUAUGUCUUUCUAGACGAUUCAAUCAACGGCGUCCCUCAAUUAAAGGAAAAUUUGUCUAAACUUUUGAAAGGUUCCGAGGUUGAGUUACCAACUUAUUUGGCUGUUCCAAUGACCUAUGGUAAAGAAGGUAUUGAACAAGUCUUUUACGAUUGGGUGUUUGAAAUGUCACCAAAGGAAAAGGAAAACUUCAUUACAGCGAUUGAAUACAUUGAUCAAAAUAUUGAAAAAGGUCUGAAUUUUAUGGUACGUUAA